AACCCCCCUCACUUCUGGUUCUUAAUACAUUUAUAAUUUGAGGAAAAACAGAAGCUAUGGAGCUAGAAUUGGCACUCAAGAUCACCAGAACCAGAGAUGAUAUCACCUCCUUGUCCGACCUUCGAAUCUCCAAAGAUCCUCAUGGUCCUCUUUUCGUGUCGAGAGAGACCAACACCAUGUUCGUCCUCAUCGCACAUCUCAAAGGUACUCAUAAUAAUUCUUUGCUUUUUUUAGGUGGAUUUCUUGUUGUCAUGAAAUGAAGUGUUUAAAGUUUUUAUGAUGUUUGGGCCUACAUAGAUUACAGAGGAGACAACAUUGAUAUCAAGAUAAAUGAAGAUGGGAGUAGGAUAGAGAUAGCCGGGGCGAAGCCGGUUGAGGAGAUGGUGUUGAAGAGGUGGAUUAUGUGGAACAAGAAAUUGAAAUUGAGGACUUUCAAGAAGGUGUUCCGGGUACCGGAUGGUGUGGUUUUGGAUAAAAUUAAGGCCAAAUUCAAUGAAGAAGAUUCAGCUUUGACAAUUACAAUGCCUAAAAUGGUGAAAGGAAUUGUUGGGGUUGCGAUUGAGGAAGUGAAGGAAGAAGAGGUUGAUAGAGGUACUCAAGUAACAGGUAUCAACAUCGAUCCUGAACAAGAAACUACUUCUGUACAAGAGUCUAAAGAAGCUGAACGUGUUCUGGAGACCAAACCUGAGAUAUCGCAAACUACAGCAGGAGAAGCGCCCACGGAAGAAUCUGAUCGGGGGGAAACUUCAGCUACAGAAGAUGGUUUAAUUGAAGAGGAAUCACAAGAAACUGGGGAAGUAAGUGAUAACAAAGGGGAAUUCGGUGCAACAGAGAAUGUACAAGAGUCUAAAGAAGCUGAACAGGUUGUGGAGACCAAACCUGAGAUAGCGCAAACUGCAGCAGGAGAAGCGCCCACGGAAGAAUCUGAUCGGGGGGGAACUUCAGCUACAGACGAUGGUUUAAUUGAAGAGGAUUCAAAAGAAAUUGGUGAAGUAAGUGAUAACAAAGGGGAAUCCAAUGCAACAGAGAAUGUACCUCAAGCGGUACCCGAAAGAGUUGGCCAUAUAGUUGACGAGACUACACAAGAAAUUGAGGAUCAAAUGGAGGUGAAAGAAAGCAUACCUGAAAAAGAAGAAGAACCUUCUGCUUCCAAGGCAGUUGAAGAACCACAACCUGAAGAGAUUCCAGAAUUGAAAGAGGAAACACCAGAGGCAGAAAAAGAGGUAGUCGGGUCUGAGUUAUUAGUGACUGGAGUUGAAGAACCAAUAAAGCCUGAACCUGAUCAAGAAGAGCAAGCAGACAACAAACAAGUUAAUGAGCAAGAAACUGACCAAGCAAGGAAUGAAAUACAAGAAUCGGUGGACAAAGUGGAAUCCGAUGCAACAGAGAAAGUACCAGAAAGACUUGGCCAGAUGGUUGAGGAGACUUCACAAGAAAAUGAGGAUCAAAUGGAGGAGAAAGAAAGCACACAUAAAAAAGUAGAAGAACCUUCUGCUUCCAAUGCCUUGGAACCUAAGGAAGUCCAACCCGAGCGACAAACUCAGGAGCCCAAGACAACAAUGCCACCACCAGAGCAAGCAGAGAACAAAGAACAAGUUCAUGAGCAAGAAACUGACCAAGCAAGGAAUAAAAUAGAAGAAUCGAUGGACAAAGUGGAAUCCGAUGCAACGGAGAAUGUACCUGAAAGAGUUGGCCAGAUAAUUGAGGAGACUUCACAAGAAAUUGAGGAUCAAAUGAAGGUGAAAGAAAGCACACCUGAAAAAGUAGAAAAACCUUCUGCUUCCAUUGCCUUGGAACCUAUGGAAGUCCAACCACAGCGAGAAACUCAGGAGCACGAGACAACAAUGCCACCACCAGUUGAAGAACCACAACCUCAAGAGAUUUCAGAAUUGAAAGAGGAAACAUCAGAGGCAGAAAAAGAGGUAAAGGGGCCUGAGUUAUUAGUGACCGGAGUUGAAGAACACAAAACGAAUGAAAAAAGUCAAAUCAAAAGCAAUGUGGUUGAAGAACUUGAAAAGCAAGAAGCUGGUGUGGGUGUUGAAGAAUCAAUAAAGCCUGAACCUGAACCUGAACCUGAACCUGAACCUGAUCAAGAAGAGCAAGCAGAGAAUGAAAUACAAGAAUCGGUGGACCAAGUGGAAGCCGAUGCAACAGAGAAUGUACCUGAUAGAGUUGGCCAGAUAGUUGAGCAGACUUCACCAGAACUUGAGGAUCAAAUGGAGGUGAAAGAAAGCAGACCUAAAAAAGUAGAAGAACCUUCUGCUUCCAAUGCCUUGGAACCUAAGGAAGUCCAACCCAAGCAAGAAACUCAAGAGCCCGAGAAACCAAUGCCACCACCAGUUGAAGAACCACAACCUGAAGAGAUUCCAGAAUUGAAAAAGGAAACACCAGAGGCAGAAAAAGAGGUAGUCGGGUCUGAGUUAUCAGUGACCGGAGUUGAAGAACACAUAACCAAUGAAAAAAGUCAAAUCGAAAGCAAUGUGGUUGAAGAACUUGUAAAGCAAGAAGCUGGUGUCGGUGUUGAAGAGCCAAUAAAGCCUGAACCUGAUCAAGAAGAGCAACCAGAUAAUAAAGAACAAGUUCAUGAGCAAGAAACUGACCGAGCAAGGAAUAAAAUACAAGAAUCGAUGGACAAAGUGGAAUCCGAUGCAACGGAGAAUGUACCUGAAAGAGCUGGCCAGAUAAUUGAGGAGACUUCACAAGAAAUUGAGGAUCAAAUGGAGGUGAAAGAAAGCACACCUGAAAAGGUAGAAAAACCUUCUGCUUCCAUUGCCUUGGAACCUAAGGAAGUCCAACCCAAGCGAGAAACUCAGGAGCACGAGACAACAAUGCCACCACCAGUUGAAGAACCACAACCUCAAGAGAUUCCAGAAUUGGAAGAGGAAACAACAGAGGCAGAAAAAGAGGUAGAGGGGUCUGAGCUAUCAGUGACCGGAGUUGAAGAACACAAAACGAAUGAAAAAAGUCAAAUCAAAAGCAAUGUGGUUGAAGAACUUGAAAAGCAAGAAGCUGGUGUGGGUGUUGAAGAACCAAUAAAGCCUGAACCUGAUCAAGAAGAGCAAGCAGAGAAUGAAAUACAAGAAUCGGUGGACCAAGUGGAAGCCGAUGCAACGGAGAAUGUACCUGAAAGAGUUGGCCAGAUAGUUGAGCAGACUUCACCAGAACUUGAGGAUCAAAUGGAGGUGAAAGAAAGCAUACCUAAAAAAGUAGAAGAACCUUCUGCUUCCAAUGCCUUGGAACCUAAGGAAGUCCAACUCGAGCAAGAAACUCAGGAGCCCGAGACAACAAUGCCACCAACAGUGGAAGAACCACAACCAGAAGAGAUUCCAGAAUUGAAAGAGGAAACACCAGAGGCAGAGAAAGAGGUAGUGGGGUCUGAGUUAUCAGUGACCGGAGUUAAAGAACACAAAACGAAUGGAAAAAUUCAAAUCGAAAGCAAUGCGGUUGAAGAACUUGAAAAGCAAGAAGCUGGUGUGGGUGUUGAAGAACCAAUAAAGCCUGAACCUGAUCAAGAAGAGAAAGUAGAGAACAAAGAAAAAGUUCAUGACCUAGAAACUGACCAAGCAAGGAAUGAAAUAAAAGAAUCGGUGGACAAAGUGGAAUCUGAUGCAAUGGAGAAUGUACCUAAAAAAGUUGGCCAGAUAGUUGAGGAGACUACACAAGAAAUUGAGGAUCAAAUGGAGGUGAAAAAAAGCACACCUGAAAAAGUAGAACUUUCUGCUUCCAUUGCCUUGAAACCUAAGGAAGUCCAACCCAAGCGAGAAACUCAGGAGCACGAGACAACAAUGCCACCACCAGUUGAAGAACCACAACCUGAAGAGAUUCCAGAAUUGAAAGAGGAAACACAAGAGGCAGAAAAAGAGGUAGAGGGGUCUGAGUUAUCAGUGACCGGAGUUGAAGAACACAAAACGAAUAGAAAAAGUCUAAUCGAAAGCAAUGUGGUUGAAGAACUAGAAAAGCAAGAAGUUGGUGUGGGUGUUGAAGAACCAAUAAAGCCUGAACCUGAUCAAGAAGAGCAAGUAGAGAUCAAAGAACAAGUUCAUGAGCUAGAAACUGACCAAGCAAGGAAUGAAAUACAAGAUUCGGUGGACAAAGUGAAAUCCGAUGCAACGGAGAAUGUACCUGAAAGAGUUGGCCAGAAAGUUGAGGAGACUUCACAAGAAAUUGAGGAUCAAAUGGAGGUGAAAGAAAGCACACCUGAAAAAGUAGAAGAACCUUCUGUUUCCAUUGCCUUGGAACCUAAGGAAGUCCAGCCCGAGCGAGAAACUCGGGAGCCUGAGACAACAAUGCCACCACCAGCUGGAGAACCACAACCUCAAGAAAUGAAAGAGGAAACACCAGAGGCAGAAAAAGAGGUAGUGGGGUCUGAGUUAUCAGUGACAGGAAUUGAAGAACACAAAACGAAUGAAAAAAGUCAAAUCGAAAUCAAUGUGGUUGAAGAACUAGAAAAGCAAGAAGCUGGUGUGGGUGUUGAAGAACCAAUAAAGCCUGAACCUGAUCAAGAAGUGCGAGCAGAGAACAAAGAACAAGUUCAUGAGCUAGAAACUGACCAAGCAAGGAAUGAAAUACAAGAAUUGGUGGACAAAGUGGAAUCUGAUGCAACGAAGAAUGUACCUGAAAAAGUUGGCCAGAUAGUUGAGGAGACUUCACAAGAAAUUGAGGAUCAAAUGGAGGUGAAAGAAAGCGCACCUGAAAAAGUAGAAGAACCUUCUGUUUCCAUUGCCUUGGAACCUAAGGAAGUCGAGCCCGAGCGAGAAACUCGGGAGCCCGAGACAACAAUGCCACCACCAGUUGAAGAACCGCAACCUCAAGAAAUGAAAAAAGAAACACCAGAGGCAGAAAAAGAGGUAGUGGGAUCUGAGUUAUCAGUGACAGGAGUUGAAGAACACAAAACGAAUGAAAAAAGUCAGGUCGAAAUCAAUGUGGUUGAAGAACUAGAAAAGCAAGAAGCUGGUGUGGGUGUUGAAGAACCAAUAAAGCCUGAACCUGAUCAAGAAGUGCGAGCAGAGAACAAAGAACAAGUUCAUGAGCUAGAAACUGACCAAGCAAGGAAUGAAAUACAAGAAUCGGUGGACAAAGUGGAAUCUGAUGCAAUGGAGAAUGUACCUGAAAAAGUUUGCCAGAUAGUUGAGCAGACUUCACAAGAAAUUGAGGAUCAAAUGGAGGUGAAAGAAAACGCACCUGAAAAAGUAGACGAACUUUCUGCCUCCAUUGCCUUGGAACCUAAGGAAGUCCAACCCAAGCAAGAAACUCAGGAGCCGGAGACAACAAUGCCACCACCAGUUGAAGAACUAGAGGUAAAAGAAAGCGCACCUGAAAAAGUAGAAGAACUUUCUGCUUCCAUUGCCUUGGAACCUAAGGAAGUCCAACCCAAGCGAGAAACUCAGGAGCCGGAGACAACAAUGCCACCACCAGUUGAAGAACCACAACCUGAAGAGAUUCCAGAAUUGAAAGAGGAAACACCUGAGGUAGAAAAAGACGUAGUGGGGCCUGAGUUAUCAGUGACUGGAGUUGAAGAACACAAAACAAAUGAAAAAAGUCACAUCAAAAGCAAUGUGGUUGAAGAACUUGCAAAGCAAGAAGCUGCUGUGGGUGUUGAAGAACCAAUAAAGCCUGAACCUGAUCAAGAAGAGCAAGCAGAGAAUAAAAAACAAGUUCAUGAGCAAGAAACUGACCAAGCAAGGAAUGAAAUACAAGAAUCGCCGGACAAAGUGGACUCCGAUGCAACAGAGAAUGUACCUGAAAGAGUUUGCCAGAUAGUUGAGGAGACUUCACCAGAAAUUGAGGAUCAAAUGGAGGUGAAAGAAAGCACACCUGAAAAAGUAGAAGAACCUUCUGCUUCCAUUGCCUUGGAACCUAAGGAAGUCCAACCCGAGCGAGAAACACAGGAGUUCGAGACAACAAUGCCACCACCAGUUGAAGAACCACAACCUGAAGAGAUUCCAGAAUUGAAAGAGGAAACACCAGAGGCAGAAAAAGAGGUAGUGGAGUCCGAAUUAUCGGUGACUGGAGUUGAAGAACACAAACCAAAUGAAAAAAGUCAAAUCGAAAGCAAUGUGGUUGAAGAACUUGAAAAGAAAGAAGCUGGUGUGGGUGUUGAAGAACCAAUAAAACCUGAACCUGACCAAGAAGAGCAGGCAGCGAACAAAGAACAAGUUCAUGAUCAUGAAACUGACCAAGCAAGUAAUGAAAUACAAGAAUCGGUGGACGAGGCAAGACUUAAUGGGGAAGAAGAAAGGAAUGAGAGAAUAAAUCCAGAAGUGGAGCAACAGAUAGAUGGGAGUGAAGGACCAAUUCAGGAGAAUAAGAAAAAGAAGAAGAAAAAACCUAACCUGUGUCCUUCUCUUGUUGUUGUAGGAUCAGCCACUCUUGUCUCUCUGAUAGUUAUUGUCAUUAGGUUCAUUAGAUCAGAUCAUGAGCAAGAAACUGUCCAAACAUGGAAUGAAAUACAAGAAUCGGUGGACGAAGCAAGACUUACUACGGAAGAAGAAAAGAAUGAGAAUGUAAAUCCAGAAGCGGAGAAACAGAUAGAUAGGAGUGAAGGACCAAUUCAGGAGAAUGAGAAGCAGCAAAAGCCUGACCUGUGUCCUCUUGUUGUUGCAGGAUCAGCCACUCUUAUCUCUCUUGUAGUUCUUGUCAUUGGGUCGAUCACAUCAAACAAAAGAUAG